UCUCCCCGCGCGCAGUUUGGAGCUGGAGGAAGCGCGGGGAGCAAGCUAGCAAGUGCUCGGAGCCCGGGCCAGCAGAGGGGGCACCCGGCCGCUGCCUGCACCGCCGCCUCCGCUGCGCACUGGGGCCCUGGGAGGAGUGAGGACCAGUGGAAGAGUCCGGAGCGGAGCUCGGCAAGAUCCAACUGCAGGAGGGCGCCCGCCCCGCUCAGCCGCCUUCUGCGCUCGAGCAGAAGAGCCCCGGCUGUUCGCCCUGUGAGCCAGAGGGCUGGGAGCAGGUCCCUGCAGCCCAAGGGAUGGUCUAGGAGCCGGCGUGAGGCUCGCUUGCUCUGCUCCCAGCUGGGACUCACCACCUACUGCAGACCUCCUAGAGCUGCGAGCUGCGGCGGCUGGGGGCUGCGCGCCGGGGAGGCACAGGCCGGAGAAGUUAGUUGUGCGCGCGCCGCUUAGUGCGCAGAGCGAGCGAACGAGGGAGGCAGCGAAGCGCCGGGGCCAUGGGCUGGGGGAGCCGCUGCUGCUGCCCGGGACGGCUGGACCUGCUGUGCUUGCUGGCGCUGCUCGGGUGCUGCCUGCUCCCCGUCUGCCGGACGCGCGUCUACACCAACCACUGGGCGGUCAAAAUCGCGGGCGGCUUCCCAGAGGCCAACCGCAUCGCCAGCAAGUACGGCUUCAUCAACAUAGGACAGAUCGGGGCCCUGAAGGACUAUUACCACUUCUACCACAGCAGGACGAUUAAAAGGUCAGUUCUCUCGAGCAGAGGAACCCACAGUUUCAUUUCAAUGGAACCAAAGGUGGAGUGGAUUCAACAGCAAGUGGUGAAAAAACGGACCAAGAGGGAUUAUGACUUCAGUCGCGCCCAGUCUACUUACUUCAAUGACCCCAAGUGGCCAAGCAUGUGGUAUAUGCACUGCAGUGACAACACGCAUCCCUGCCAGUCGGACAUGAACAUUGAAGGAGCCUGGAAGAGAGGCUACACAGGGAAGAACAUCGUGGUCACCAUCCUGGACGAUGGCAUCGAGAGAACCCAUCCGGAUCUGAUGCAGAACUACGAUGCUUUGGCCAGUUGUGACGUGAAUGGGAAUGACUUGGACCCCAUGCCUCGUUACGAUGCCAGCAACGAGAACAAGCACGGGACCCGCUGUGCUGGGGAAGUGGCGGCCGCAGCAAACAACUCUCACUGCACAGUCGGGAUUGCUUUCAAUGCCAAGAUCGGAGGAGUUCGAAUGCUGGACGGAGACGUCACAGACAUGGUGGAGGCGAAAUCAGUUAGUUUCAACCCCCAGCACGUGCACAUCUACAGUGCGAGCUGGGGCCCCGACGAUGAUGGCAAGACUGUGGACGGCCCAGCGCCACUCACCCGGCAAGCCUUUGAAAACGGCGUUAGAAUGGGGCGGAGAGGCCUGGGCUCUGUUUUCGUCUGGGCGUCGGGAAAUGGCGGAAGGAGCAAAGACCACUGCUCCUGUGAUGGCUACACCAACAGCAUCUACACCAUCUCCAUCAGCAGCACAGCCGAGAGCGGAAAGAAGCCUUGGUACCUGGAAGAGUGUUCUUCCACCUUGGCUACCACCUACAGCAGCGGAGAGUCCUACGAUAAGAAAAUAAUCACUACGGAUCUGAGGCAGCGGUGCACCGACAACCACACUGGGACCUCAGCCUCGGCCCCCAUGGCUGCGGGCAUCAUCGCGCUGGCCCUGGAAGCCAAUCCGUUUCUGACCUGGAGAGACGUGCAGCAUGUUAUUGUCAGGACUUCCCGUGCAGGACAUUUGAACGCUAAUGACUGGAAAACCAAUGCUGCUGGUUUUAAGGUGAGCCAUCUCUAUGGAUUUGGACUGAUGGAUGCAGAAGCCAUGGUGAUGGAGGCGGAGAAGUGGACCACUGUUCCUCAGCAGCACGUGUGUGUGGAGAGCACAGACCGACAAAUCAAGACAAUUCGCCCCAACAGUGCAGUGCGCUCCAUCUACAAAGCUUCCGGCUGCUCCGAUAACCCCAACCACCAUGUCAACUACCUGGAACAUGUAGUCGUGCGCAUAACCAUCACCCAUCCCAGGAGGGGUGACCUGGCCAUCUACCUGACCUCACCCUCAGGAACCAGGUCCCAGCUCUUGGCCAACAGGCUUUUUGAUCACUCCAUGGAAGGAUUCAAAAACUGGGAGUUCAUGACCAUCCAUUGCUGGGGAGAGCUAGCCGCCGGUGACUGGAUCCUUGAAGUCUAUGACACUCCCUCUCAGCUGAGGAACUUCAAGACUCCAGGGAAACUGAAAGAAUGGUCUUUGGUACUGUACGGCACCUCCGUGCAGCCCUACUCACCCACCAACGAGUUUCCUAAAGUGGAGCGUGUCCGCUACAGCCGAGUCGAAGACCCCACCGAUGACUACGGCACAGAGGAUUACCCAGGUCCCUGUGACCCCGAGUGCAGUGAGGUUGGCUGUGAUGGGCCAGGACCCGACCACUGCAGUGACUGUUUGCACUACUACUACAAGCUGAAAAACAACACGAGGAUCUGUGUCUCCAGCUGUCCCUCUGGCCACUACCACGCCGACAAGAAGCGAUGCAGGAAGUGCGCUCCCAACUGUGAGGCCUGCUUUGGCAGCCACGGUGACCAGUGCCUGUCCUGUAAACACGGAUACUUCCUGAAUGAAGAAACCAGCAGCUGUGUUACUCACUGCCCUGACGGAUCGUAUCAGGACACGAAAAAAAAUCUUUGUCGGAAAUGCAGUGAAAAUUGCAAGACGUGUACUGAAUCCCACAACUGUACUGAAUGCAGGGAUGGGCUGAGCCUGCAGGGGUCCCGGUGUUCCAUCGCCUGUGAGGACGGCCAGUACUUCAAUGGCCAGGACUGUCAGCCCUGUCACCGCUUCUGCGCCACUUGUGCUGGGGCAGGCGCUGAUGGGUGCAUUAACUGCACAGAGGGCUACUUCAUGGAGGAUGGGAGAUGUGUGCACAGCUGCAGCAUCAGCUAUUAUUUCGACCACUCGUCAGAGAAUGGAUACAAAUCCUGCAAAAAAUGUGAUAACAGCUGUUUGACAUGCAGUGGACCAGGGUUCAAGAACUGUACAAGCUGCCCCAGUGGGUAUCUCCUAGACUUAGGGAUGUGUCAGAUGGGAGCCAUCUGCAAAGAUGGAGAAUACACUGAUGAGCAUGGCCGCUGCCAGAUGUGUGAAGCCUCGUGUGCCAAGUGCUGGGGGCCGGCCCAGGAACACUGCACUGGCUGCCCCAUCACCAGGAUUUUUGAUGAUGGCCGCUGCGUUCUGGACUGUCCCUCGGGCAAAUAUGAAUUUAAGAGCCAAUGCCAGCUAUGCCACUACACCUGCCAAGAAUGCCAAGGAAAUGGGCCUUCCAACUGCACCUCCUGUGGAGUAGAUAAGCACGGCCAGAAGCGCCUCCUGUACCAGGGGGAGUGUCGGGAGAGCUGCCCGGUGGGGUACUACCCUGCCGAGGGGCAAGCCUGCCUGCCUUGCCCAGACAACUGUGAACUUUGCCACAACGCACACAUCUGCACACGAUGUAUGGUCGGCUACUUUAUAGCACCCACCAACCACACCUGCCAGAAGUUCGAGUGUGGGCCAGGUGAAGUCCAGGACCCAGACUAUGGAGAAUGUGUGCCUUGUGAAGAAGGAUGUUUGGGGUGCAGCUUGGAUGAUCCAGGAACCUGCACAUCCUGUGUUAUGGGGUAUUACAUGUUUAAACACCACUGUUAUAAAGUCUGUCCCGAGAAGACCUACAGUGAAGAAUUUGAAUGCAAAGCGUGCAACACCAACUGUUGCAGCUGUGACCGGAACGAGUGUUACUGGUGUGAAGAGGGCUUCUUUCUCUCGGGUGGCAGCUGUGUCAGGAGCUGUGGCCCUGGCUUCUACGGCAACCCAGAGAUGGGCGAAUGUGAGCCCUGCCACCGAGCCUGUGAAACCUGCAGUGGCCCCAGCUACACUGAGUGCAGCAGCUGCCAAGCAGGGCUGCAGCUGCUGCAGGGGACAUGUGUGGGCCCCGCCCAGUCGCAGAUGGAAGGCAAACUCGGGAAUGAACCUGUGCUCACUUCAAGCCCAUCUUUGGUGAAGAGCCUGCUGCAGGAACGACGAAGGUGGAAGUUUCAAAUCAAAAGAGACAUACUGAGGAAACAGCCGCCUUGUCAUUCUUCUUGCAAAACCUGCAAUGGAUCUGCAACCCUGUGCACGUCCUGUCCAAAAGGCACAUAUCUGUUGGCUCAGGCCUGCAAUGCCACCUGUCCCCAAGGCACAUGGCCCUCAGAGAGCAGUGGCAGCUGCGAGAACUGUACAGAAGACUGUGCCUCUUGCUCUGGAGCCGAUCUCUGCGAACAGUGCCGGACUCAGGUGGAACGCCCUCUCUUCCUCCACCGAGGCAGGUGCCACUCCAGCUGCCCAACGGGCUUCUAUGCAGAAGAUGGCAUGUGUAAACCCUGUAGCUCUCCUUGCAAAACAUGUGAAGAAAAUGCCACCAACUGCCACUCCUGUGAAGGAGGCCUCGUCCUGGACCAAGGAACAUGCCAGAAAACGUGCUCUGAGAGGCACGUGGCGGUGGAAGGGGUAUGCAAGCAUUGCCCAGAGAUGUGCCAGGAGUGCCUCCAUGAGAAAACAUGCAAAGAGUGCAUCCCUGAAUCCUUCCUAUACGAGGACACAUGCCAUCAGUCCUGCCCCCCCCACUUCUACAUGGACACGCGCGAAUGUCUUCCCUGCCACGAAGACUGUCUGGAGUGCAAUGGCCCCUCGGGUGACAACUGUGAAAUCUGUGCUCACUCAUCCUUCGUUUUCUAUGAUGGGCAGUGUUUGGACGAGUGUCCAACAGGAACAUACUAUGAAGAAGAGACUAAGGAUUGCAAAGAUUGCCCCAGGUCCUGCAAGACCUGCUCGUCAGCGGGGUCCUGCACCACCUGUCUGGAAGGCCAGAGGCUGAACAACCAUGGGGUCUGCGUGCCUCACAAGGAAUGCCCCCCCUCCGAGUACUGGGAUGUGGAGGCCCUGGGAUGCAAGCCCUGCCAUACCAAGUGCUUCCGCUGUACAGGGCCCUCCGAGGACCAGUGUCACACCUGCCCCAGGCACAGCCUCCUUCUCAACACAACUUGUGUGCAGGACUGCCCUGAGGGCUACUAUGCUGAUGAGGACAACCACCAGUGUGCCCCCUGCCACAGCUCUUGCGGGACAUGUGAAGGGAGACACAGCAUGCAGUGCCUCUCCUGCCGACCAGGCUGGUUCCAGCUGGGAAAGGAGUGCCUGCCCCAGUGCAGGGAAGGAUAUUACGCAAAAAACUCCACUGGACAGUGUGAGAGGUGCAACAAGAGCUGCAAGGCCUGCCGGGGCCCACGGCCCACUGACUGCCUGACUUGCGAUACAUUUUUCUUUCUGCUCCACUCCAAGGGAGAGUGUCAUCGCACCUGCCCAGAGCAUUACUAUGCAAAUCAAAGGACAAAGACCUGUGAGAGAUGCCAUCCGACCUGCCAUGAAUGUGAAGGAAAAGAACCACUGAAGUGCUUGUCCUGUGUGUGGAGUUACCACCUAGCGGGAGGAAUCUGUGUCUCGGACUGUCUGGUGGGGCAAUACAGAGUGGGAGAGGGGGAGAAAUUUAACUGUGAAAAAUGCCACGAGAGCUGCGUAGAAUGCAAAGGACCUGGUGCCAAGAACUGUACUGUGUGCCCCGCCAACCUGCUGCUGCUCAUGGAUGACAGCCGCUGCCUGCAGUGCUGUGGCACCAAUGAUUCCAGUAAUGCCCAGGAGUGCUGUGACUGCCAGGAUACCACAGAUGAGUGCAUCCUUCCAGCAAGGGAGAUUGAGUCUGCUCCUGAGCAUUCCAAGACGGCCUUGCUCAUCAGCUCCUUAAUUAUGCUGGUGCUUCUCCUUGGGGUAGCUGUGAUCGUCUGGAGGAAAUCACGGGGCCGAGCACAGCCAGCAGAGAAGUCAGGCUAUGAAAAGCUGGCUGACCCGAGCAAGUCUUACUCCUCCUAUAAGAGCAACUAUCGCGAGAGCACCAGCUUUGAAGAGGACGAAGUGAUUGAGUACAGGGACCGAGACUACGAUGAGGAUGACGAUGAUGACAUAGUCUACAUGGGCCAAGAUGGCACUGUCUACCGGAAAUUUAAGUAUGGGCUGCUAGAUGAUGAUGAUGAAGAUGAGCUGGAAUACGAUGAUGAGAGCUACUCCUACCAGUAACAGAGGCCACCCCACCCCCCUCCCCUCACAGGCAUGAGUGUGAGCCUUACAGUUUUGGGUUUUAUCCUCACACACUAGGAUGUCGUGUGGGUGUUUGUAUUUGCUUCUUCACCGUGAUUCCAACUACAUUAUAUAAAAAUGUUGAAGUGUUUUGCCCUUCCUUUAAGUGACUAAACCCAAUACACCAGAAUUGUUCAACCAUAAUUGAGGAACAAGGAUAAAAUAUGGAGGAAUUUUCCUAAAAACAAUAUGUCAAAAUACAAAACACAGGAAGUAAAAUAAGAUUUGUACAAACUGUUUUAUGUCAUUUGUUUUUCCAAAAAGGAAGCAGGCCUACAGAAAAUCUGUUUCAUGGCUGCAGUGUGAGAUAUCUACUGCCUUCUGGAAUUCUGGUAUUUCUGUAAAUGAUUGAGGGGGAUGAGGAGAUGGGCGAGUUGUUUGUCUUGGGGGAUUUUUCUCCCCUGAUAGCUCUCUUCAGGCAGAGAUUUGUCCUCUACAGGCAGCUAAAGAAGGUUCUCCUCCUCAACCAUUUAACAGUUGACCCCAGAUCGCCCCUGGUGAGCAAAAGAGACCACCUCCGCUGAGGCAGUCACAAUCUGUUUAGAGACAAGGAAAGAAAAAGGAGGUAGCACCACAGCUGAGGAAUCAUGUGUUUGCCGGACUCUGAUUUGUCUGCAUCAAUCCAGCGUCAUCAUGCUCCUAAGGAAGCUCAGGGGAAAAGUAGCAGCAAACCCCAUAGGAAGGAAAUCGCUAACUUUCCAAGAAUUGCAGCAUUACACCCUCAAGAUUUUCUAAGAGCUUAUCUGGUUGGAAACAUCAGCUAAGACAUCAAGUAAUAAAAACAAGAUGGCCUUGGUAACUUAAAAUGGAUAAAAUGAACAAAACUCUAAAAAAGACUUUAGCUACUAAAUCAGACAGCUUUCAUGAAUAGCCUGUCCCAGAACUGUGGACUCCCCAUAGAAAAAGCUGGAAUGGAGUCUCACCUGGAUAAAUCCACAACUUUCUACUCGUGAACCUAAUCCCGCUGCUGCCUAGCCUUCCAACACUUUUUGUCCCUGUGAUUUUCAUUUCUAGAUAUUCUAAGCCUCCCUUUUUCCAUGUUCCUGACAAGUACAUGCUUGAAUUCAUGCACCUGGGACAGUUUUUCUGCAGAUAAUACAGAGAGAGGGACCCUGCUUUGUGAAAUUGCCUAAGUAGGGUUUUAUGGAUAUCCUUGUAAAAACACAAGUUAUAGGUAGUACCAGGAGCAGACAACCACUUCUGGCUAGAAAGUGACAUUUUCAGAUGAUGAUGAUAAUUAUAAAAACAUUUAAUGCACACCUACUAUGUGCUAGGUACUGAGUUAAUAAUACCUUUCAAAAGAGAUCACCCUACUUAAUACCACCAUAACUUCAUGAGGUUGGUACCAUUAUCACUCUGUUUUUACAGGAAACCCAAGGCUUAUGAGAGGUUAAGGUCACAGAAAGCUAAUCAAGAUUCAAGGAAAAAGAAUAACCCUAUAGUACAUGUUCUUAAUAAUUAUGCUACACUGGCAUAAAGUGGGAAAAGUAACAUUCUAAACCUAAUAAAGGCAUGUCUAAUAUUUUAUUUUGUGAUAUGGUAACUGUAUUAUCUUUACUAAACUUGUGCAUUUUUUUUUUCUUUUUUUAAACACAAUGUGUCACUGACUCAAAAAAUCUCUGUGAGAGGAAGUCUUCGGUUUAUGAAAGGCUUCGGUGUUUCAUUUUUCAUUUAAUUUUUUUUAAUCCUCACCCAAGAACAUGUUUUUUCAUUGCUUUUAAAGAGAGAGGAAGGGAGAGAGAGAAACAUCAUGUGGUUGGAAUGACACACCCAUACAUGCCCAGACUGCUGGAGAUCAGUGCCAGACCAGGUAUCAUCUGUGUCAGGAGCUGGUGGGGGCAGAGGGGGGCAAAUCACAUGCCCCUGUGCCUGGGCCAGGGAUUGAACCCACAAUCUAGGCAUGUACCCUGACUGGGAAUCGAACCCACAACCUUCCAGUUAUGGGAUGAUGCUCUAACCAACUGAGCCACACCAGCCAGGGCCUCAGUGUUUCCUUAGGGGAAGGUUCAUAAAGGUUGGCCAACUUUCUCUGGAAAGGGCCAGCCAGUAGAUACUUUAGGCUUUGCACAACUACUCAACUUAGCCACUGUGGCAUGAAUGAAGCCAUCUGUGACAAAUGGGUGGGAUGUGUUCCAAUAAAACUUUAUUUGUGGACACUAAAA